GCCGUAUCCUCGUGCUCCCGGCCUUGUAGCGGUGCCGUGGCGGGGCGUGUAGGCGUUGACAUCACUCACGGUCAACGGCACUGCCCAUACACUCAGUCCACCCUGGCGGGGACCUCACCAAUGACCUCCAUGAAAACAGGGUCCCAGACAAUCCAGUUGGUCUGAAGGCCAUGGCGCUGACUGACCACAUCAGGGUGUGUUGGCAGCCCCCCGCACAGCACAAUGUGCUGCUGUGCGGCUACACCAUUGCCUGGGACCAAGGCGUGGCGGACAUCUACUCCAAGAUCGUGGACAGCAAGCAGCACGGUUACAUCAUUGAUAAGCUGGAACCCAACAUGGAGUUUGUGAUAAGCCUGCGAGCCUUCAACAACGUGGGUGACGGGCAACCGGUGUACCAGCAAGUCCGCACCCAGCCAGAGGAGGAGAAGGUGGUGGCACCCACGCUGGACCCGGCGGUGUGGGUGAAGGCCGUGGUGCUGACGCCCUUCACCGUGGUGCUGCAGUGGGCGGACACCAUGCUGAGCCAGAACCAGUACAACAGCUGCACCACCUUCUCGUCCUCAUCCUCCAGCCGCUACGUCAACGCCACGGAUGUGACCUGCCUCAUUGACAGCCUCAAGCCAUCAACAGUGUGUUUGGUGUGAGUCCCCCUAUAGCCUGGUGGCCUCCAACACCCUGCUGGUGGCCCGGCCGUCCUGGCCCUCCCUGGCCAGCCAUCCACCACCACCUUCACCCGGCAGCCGCUGCAGCGGAACAAUGGGAGGAUCACAGGCUACGCGAUAUUCCUCACCACGGACCAAACUGUCAGUGACUGGGUGACGGGGGAAGUGACGGGGGACUGGCUCACCCUCACCGUCCAUGGACUGACGCCUUCAAGGAAGUAUUUGCACAAGAUGCACUCUCACAAUGUCAAAGGUUUUGGUCCAUUCUCCUCCGUGGAAAGCUUCACGACUUCCAGCUGUUGACAAGAGCAUCGGUGAGCCCCCUGGCUGGUGUGUGGAGCGAGAGGCCUGAUUGUGCUGGUGAUCGCUGGCGUGGCAGGAGCCAUGACCAGCUGGGGGCCUUCUUGGCCACCACACUGUACUGCCGCGGGUCAAGGCGGAGCCCAGGCCAAGCAUUGUUGUUGGCGGCAGCUGCAGUGAGAGCAACAAGCCUGGCGUCCAGCCUCCAGACCUGUGGAUCCAUCACGGCCACUUGGAGCUGAAGAACUUUGACAAGGGUGAGCGCAGCAACUCCCCCAACCACGCCUCCAUCAUCCAGCACACAGGGACUGGAGUUUCCAAAGCGGGUCCACAGUAACCGUCGGCUUUGAAGUUCCGGAUAGCUUCCUCACUUUCCUUAUUAAAAAGUCAACAAACAUGUUAGCCUAGGUAACUAAUUUCCUAACCUAACCUAAACUAGCUAAACUAACCUAAUCUAACCAAACUAACCUAACCAAACUAACUUAACCUAAUCUUUAUAUAUCGCUGUCAGCAUUAUAAAUACUUUUUGGAGUGUAUAUAUGGGGUUAAAAUUAAUCUAAAUAAGAAGCUCCUUCUGGUGAGAAGGGUAAGGCCUCUCACACUUGCGGGCGAGACCCGUGUCCGCGCUUAUAAUGCGUACGCGAGCCUUCCCGCGUAUCCAUUCAGACGGCGCGGGUGAAAACUGGCCGCCACCCGCAUGGAGGUGGAAGGAGGCAGGAGAAAGACAGGAAAAUGUAAUGAAAGCCAGGGAAGGCACGGCCAUCUGGAGGAAAGGAGAGACAAAAAUACAGCUGGAGGAGGAAGGGAGAUAAAGGAAUAAAAUUGAUAAAAUGAAAGACCAAAAAUUA